AUGUUAGUGACUGGAGUUGCGAUUGCACUUUACCAUAAUGACAAAAAGACAUUCUUGUCCUCUAAUGGUACAAGGACGGGUCUUCCGUUGGCGUUGAACUUCAUUGCAAGCGCGAUGGGAUGUGGAAUCUUGACCACCUAUACUCAGAUUGCCAACAUUGCCGGUAUUCACGGUCUCUUGGUGUACACCAUUUCUGGAGCCAUUCCUAUUUUCUUGUUUUCUCUGUUCGGUCCUAUGAUCAGAAGACGGUGUCCUGAAGGGUUCGUGCUUACCGAAUGGGUAUUCCAAAGGUUUGGACCAGUGACUGCUCUGUAUCUGUCGGCAUUCACCAUUUUCACCAUGUUUCUUUUCAUGUUGUCUGAACUGACAGCUAUCGAGUACGCCAUCGAGGCAUUAACUGGUCUUGAUGCCACACCGGCCAUGGUGGUUGAGUGUGUGGUCACUACGAUAUACACCUUCUUGGGAGGUUUCCAUGUGUCUUUUAUCACGGAUGCCUUCCAGGCCGCUUUUGUCCUGGUUUUGUUGGUCAUUGGUGUUGUCGGCUAUGCCACCAGUAUCCACAUCGACAUGGACCUCAAGCAUGCUACAGAAGACCAACUAUUGCAUGCAAACAAGCUGGGAUGGAUGCUUCUGUAUAUUCUUCCAGUUGCCAUCAUCACCAAUGACUGUUUCCUCUCUGGAUUCUGGCUUAGAACUUUCGCAGCCAAGACAGAUAAGGAUCUGUACAUCGGUGCUUCCAUUGCCGCAGUUGUUGCGGGUAUUGUUUGUACGCUUGUUGGUCUUCCAGGCAUCCUCGCUGUGUGGACUGGAGACAUGAAAGUGUACGAUGAGAAUGGAAGCAACGCUUUCUUCAUCCUUGUCUCCAAGAUGGACAACUGGGUCAUUGGUGUAAUUCUUAUUUUCUCGAUUGGCAUUUCCACUGCGACAUUCGACUCUUUGCAGAGUGCCACCACUUCCUCGAUUUCAAAUGAUUUUUUCAGAAACAAAGUCAAUAUCAUGUGGGUGAGAUUCAUCGUCAUUCUCGUCAUGGUGCCUUCGAUUGUGGUGGCAGUGAAAGCUGCUGCAAAUGUUCUUCAGAUCUAUCUGAUUGCCGAUCUAGUUUCUGCGUCGGUGAUCCCAAUCAUCUUCCUCGGUCUUUCCAAGAGGUUUGACUUUUUGCGCGGGCUCGAUGUGAUGGUUGGUGGUCUAGGAGCUUUGGUUGCAGUUUUCAUCUAUGGUACAAUCUACUACGGCAACGCCAAAGAAGGUGCACGUCUGCUUUUAAUUUGGAACGGUAUCUACUCUGACAAAGAUUGGGGUGCUUUCGGUGCUUUUGUGAUUGCUCCUAUUGGUGGCUGUCUUAUUGGAUUUGCUUGUGCUGCCAUUCGGAUAUCCGUCUUGAAAAUUAAGGACAAAAUCACAGGUAUCGACCGUUUGCCAGAAGUAGAGGUCCAGCAAGAGCUGUUGGAAGACGACGAAAGUCUCAAAAAAAGCAAGCUCAAGGCUUUAGCCGUCGGCCUUGUGUAA